CGCCGGGGCUCGCGCGCGCGCGCGGCCAAUGAGCGCCCGGCCCGGGCAGGGAGGGGGCGCGAGCGCUUGAGUAGGAGCCGCUCCCCGCGGCGCCCCCACCUCCUCCCCCCGUGUCGUUCAGCCUAUCCCGGCCGCGCUCGGCUCCGCUCGGCUCCCCUCGGGUCCGCUCGGCUCGGCUGGGCUCGGCUCCGCUCCCCGCUGUCGGGCGGGGAGGGCGGCCGGAGCCCGGGGGAGGGGAGCCGCAAGGACAUGGGCUGGCUCUGAACGCCGGGGGAGGGCAGCCGUAGUGCGUGUGCCUCCCUAGAUUUUAAUAACUGUUUGUUGUUAGGUGGUGUGGGUUUGGGGCUUUUUCCCCCCGUUUUCCACGAGGCGAAGGGGAGAGCAGCAGCCCCAGUGCGCCUGCAUGGCUCCUCUCCCUCGGAGCGCCCCUGCAAAAUAGAACCCGUCUCGGGCUAGGUGAAAUCGCCCCGCCGUCGCGCUCACACUCCCGGGAGCGGCAGGGGCGGGGAGCCGCCUGUGAGGACAUGGAGGGACCCUCGGGGGAAGCGGAGCUGCCGCUCCUCACGGUGAAGCACGAGCUGAGGAACGCAAAUUUGACAGGCCAUGCAGAGAAAGUUGGCAUUGAAAACUUCGAGCUCCUGAAAGUUCUUGGAACAGGGGCCUAUGGAAAAGUGUUCCUAGUGAGGAAAGUAAGCGGCCAUGAUGCUGGAAAACUGUAUGCCAUGAAAGUACUGAAGAAAGCAACAAUAGUUCAAAAAGCCAAAACAACUGAGCACACAAGGACAGAAAGACAAGUCUUGGAGCACAUUAGGCAAUCACCAUUUUUGGUCACGUUACAUUAUGCCUUCCAGACAGAUACAAAGCUUCAUCUCAUUUUAGACUAUAUAAAUGGAGGAGAAUUGUUUACUCAUCUUUCACACAGAGAGAGAUUCUCAGAAAACGAGGUGCAAAUUUACAUUGGAGAAAUUGUUUUGGCACUUGAACAUCUCCACAAGUUGGGGAUUAUAUAUCGGGAUAUAAAACUCGAGAAUAUUCUCCUCGAUUCUGAUGGCCAUGUGGUGCUGACAGACUUUGGCCUAAGUAAGGAGUUUCUUACUGAUGAGAACGAGCGAGCAUAUUCCUUUUGUGGAACAAUAGAAUAUAUGGCUCCAGAUAUUGUAAGAGGGGGAGACACAGGACAUGAUAAGGCUGUUGAUUGGUGGAGUGUUGGUGUUCUUAUGUAUGAAUUAUUAACUGGAGCAUCACCAUUUACAGUCGAUGGAGAGAAGAAUUCCCAAGCAGAGAUUUCUAGGAGAAUAUUAAAAAGUGAGCCACCUUAUCCACAAGAAAUGAGUGCUCUGUCUAAAGAUAUAAUUCAGCGGCUUUUAAUGAAAGACCCCAAGAAGAGACUAGGUUGUGGUCCCACUGAUGCUGAAGAAAUCAAACAGCAUCCCUUUUUCCAGAAUAUGAAUUGGGAAGACUUAGCUGCCAAAAAAAUACCAGCUCCGUUUAAACCAGUAAUCAGAGAUGAAUUGGAUGUCAGUAACUUUGCAGAGGAGUUUACAGAAAUGGAUCCAACAUACUCUCCUGCAGCAACCCCUCAGACUUCAGAAAAAAUAUUUCAGGGAUAUUCUUUCGUUGCACCUUCUAUUUUGUUUAAACGCAAUGCAGCUACAGUGGAUCCCUUUCAGUUUUAUGUGGGGGAUGAGCGACCUGGAACUACAACUAUUGCCAGAAGUGCUAUGAUGAAGGACUCUGCAUUUUAUCAUCAUUAUGAACUGGAUCUGAAAGAGAAACCAUUGGGAGAAGGAAGUUUUUCCAUUUGUCGAAAGUGCUUACACAAGAAAACUAGCCAAGAGUAUGCAGUAAAAAUAAUUAGCAAAAGAAUGGAAGCCAACACCCAGAGAGAAAUAACAGCUCUGAGACUCUGCGAAGGACACCCGAAUGUAGUGAAGUUACAUGAAGUUUUUCAUGACCAGCUUCACACGUUCCUUGUAAUGGAAUUGUUGAAGGGAGGAGAAUUGCUUGAACGUAUUCAGAAAAAGAAACAUUUCAGUGAGACUGAAGCCAGUCACAUUAUGCGCAGACUUGUUUCAGCAGUGAGCCAUAUGCACGAUGUAGGAGUAGUCCAUAGAGAUCUGAAACCUGAGAAUUUACUAUUUACAGAUGAAAGUGAUAAUUCAGAAAUUAAAAUAAUUGAUUUUGGCUUUGCUCGUUUAAAACCACCUGACAAUCAACCUCUUAAGACUCCGUGUUUUACUCUUCAUUAUGCUGCCCCAGAGCUCUUGAAUCACAAUGGUUAUGAUGAGUCUUGUGAUCUGUGGAGUUUGGGGGUCAUUUUGUACACGAUGCUAUCAGGACAGGUACCAUUUCAGUCCCAAGACAGAAGUUUAACAUGUACCAGUGCAUUGGAAAUUAUGAAGAAAAUAAAAAAGGGAGAAUUUUCCUUUGAAGGAGAAGCGUGGAAAAAUGUUUCUGAAGAGGCUAAAGAGCUAAUUCGAGGACUUCUAACAGUGGAUCCAAACAAAAGAAUUAAAAUGUCCAGCCUGAGAUACAAUGAGUGGCUUCAGGAUGGCAGCCAGCUCUCAUCGAACCCUCUAAUGACACCUGAUAACUUAGGCUCUUCAGGAGCUGCAGUGCACACGUAUGUCAAAGCCACUUUCCAUGCCUUUAACAAGUACAAAAGGGAAGGAUUUUGUCUUCAGAAUGUUGACAAGGCACCUCUUGCAAAAAGAAGGAAAAUGAAAAAAACAAGUACAAGCACAGAGACACGUAGCAGCUCCAGUGAAAGUUCACAUUCUUCUUCCUCUCAUUCUCAUGGUAAAACUACACCUACAAAGACAUUGCAGCCCACAAACCCUUCAGACAGCAAUAACCCAGAAACCAUCUUCCAGUUCUCUGACUGAAAGGCAGAGAAUACCCUGUCUCGAGGAUUUAAGUGGUUGUAGACUUGGCAGUACCUGUAUUGUCUUCUCCCACCCUUCCUCCCCGUGGCUUACAGGCUGCUACAGGAAGAUGUCUGUUGCUUUAGAAAUGCAUUUUAGUCAUACUUUUCUAGCUUUGUAUUUCCAUACAUUUCUUUUUAGCAUUGUUUGGUAUCACUGGAUAUAGUAUAAUACUAUACAACCAUCAUUGUAUUAUCUGAGGGCUAAAUUACUGGUGUGCAGUCAAGCUCAAGGUAAGGAGUUGUGCUGCUCAUGGUACUUCUUGGAAGAAGACUGUUUCUCAGUGUCAGAAUCUUCCUCCCAGUUUCUUCCCCACUGCUCAAAGAAAGGAAAGCUCUGUUAUAAAUAUAUAUAUAUAUAUAUAUAUAUAAAAAACUUUUGGAUCUUCUGCUUUUACCCAUAACAUACUCUGUGAAGAAUGUUAUAGAAUCUUAUUCUUCAUGCAUGUAAAGAAUCAUUGGUACAAUGCACCAAAGCAGUAUAGUACUUUAAAGCCUUUUAAAUUUGUCGUUACAUUCUGUCCCAUUUAUUUGAAUUUUAAGAUCAAAAUGAAGCAUUAUGGAACUUUUAUUUUGUUUUAAAAAGUAACUUCAUAUAUCUUGAUCUAAACAACUGAGAAUAGAAGUCUUAGAUUUUUUAUUUAUUUAUUUUUUUAAACACAUCUWGGAUAAAAGAUACCUGAUAAGAUGAGAUAUCUAGUACUGUGAUACAACAAUUUUUAUUUUUUUGAAGUUAUUGACUUCUAAGAUUUUACAGAUUCUAAAAUGUAAUGGUAUAAGAGAAAAUUAAAUUUCAUAUUUGAUGCUUUGGAAAAUGGUCACAUGUUAAAAAUACCUAUUCCAAGAUUUAAUUAUAAUUUAUAUUUUCUUUUUAUAUUUACACAAUAACUUUAAAAUACUAGGAUUUUUUUAAAGAACUCCGGUUUCAACAUCUGUUAUUACAGGGUCCAURCAAAAUGCAUACCAUGUUAUUUGAAUUUUGCAUUGUGCAAAUAUGACAGUUUAAUAGAUACUGUAAAAUAUUAGAAUAUAUGUUUUAUUUUUUGCACUUUGUAACAUCCAAAGGAGAUGUUUAACGAUAAAGUGCACUCAGAUCUCUCGUCCUACAAGGUGCUGAGCACUGUUUUGCUGGGCUGAAUGACCUGAAAUCCACCAUAUUUGGUGGUUGUGGUCAUUGUGAAGGACAAUUCUGUACUUUGCAGGAGUGAAUCCCUGUAUAUUACCCACUGUUUUCAUUCCUUAUUUUAAAAUGCAAAGUUCUUUCUAUCUUGCUUUUACAUUGUAUAUAACUAAUACUAGACCUGGGCACCUUGUGUAGUGUAGAUGUUAACAACUUAUGCACUGGGAAUACUAAAGGGAAAUUAUAUUGAACACUGUGCUUCACAACUUGCUCACUGUGGUGUUCUACAGUGAAGUAUUUCCUACUGUGAUAGUAUAGUAUGUACAUAACUGUUUGGAAUCAUAAAUGUGACUUACAGAAACAUCAGCAUAAACUUUUAAAUCAGUAUAUUUUAUAAAUUUAUGGAGAGAUCUUUUAUAGCUUGUAUUCUCAAUGACUAGGGGUAACUUAAGUGCUAAAGAUGACUCCAGCUCUGCAAAGACUUAUAUGUGUAAGCUUCCACUGAAGUCAGACAGGCUCCUUGUCAUAUGCCUAAAUUUGUGUGAUGGAAGAAUAAUUGACUAGAGGAUUUUGUUAACAGCUGUCUCUAUCCUAAAGUAACCUUAAUUCAAACCCUAUGCAAAAAGAAAAAGGUUAUAGAAAUUGUUUAUAUCAGUGGUUUUAUUUAUAGAAUUAUAUCAGAUAUCAGUAUUGACAAAUACAAUACAUCCAUGUUUACAGGGAUUGUGUGUAUCAAAACAAGGCUUUGAAGCCCAACAUGUUUGUUCUGUGUUUCUUUAAUAUUAAUAAUGGCAUUCUGAGGUUUUGGAAUUGCUCAUGUGAAAUAGUUUACUACUUUCUUGAUGUGAAUGUCAACAGUAAUUGCAGCAUUAAUUUCAGGUUGAUGUGAAUAUUGAGAUUUGCACUGUUUAUGUAGAAGUAGUAUAUUUAAAGAUCAGUCUAUGUGCUAAUAACACAACCAAGUGGCCGAUGUUAAAGUAUUGAAAAAUAAUUGUCAAUGUAAUAUAUUCAGGUUUGCUUUCUGAAUGCUCUCUUGGAAGUAAUCUCAAUAGUGAACAUGGCUCAUUUGUAAAAGAAUACUUUUCUUCUCCCCAAUAAACUUGCUGUAAAUACAACAAACAAUCCACCAUUAAUACUUGUCAUGCAGAUAGUGUAAGUGAAUUGGGAGACUGGAGAACAGGUUGCUUGUAAAAUUUGCACUUUGAGGAGUUUUUGGAAUUUGUUGUCUUCUGGGUGGUUUCAUUAAAGUGUAAGAAACUUUUGGAUACCAGGUGGAUUUGGAAUAUGGUGACCCAGCUGAAAAAACUUAAAAGUUAGGAACACAGAACAAUGUUUCCCUGUUGGGAAAUUUAAACUGGGUCUUGACAGACURAUGAAACAAAAAGAAUGUUUACACAAGUUACUAAAUGCUAGAGAUAAUGGCUGUAUUGUCAAUCUCUUUUUCUACACAGGUUUUAAGAGACUGUUAUGAGACUAAAAUUAUUAGAAUACAUCACUUGUAUCAAAGAAACUUUUAUAGCUGAAURUUUCUGUGUCCUCUAUGUGGUCUCACAGUAGCUGUUGAAUAAAAAUUUAAAACCAGGGUAUUUCUUUUGGGUGGGGYUAAGUACAUUUAGGUGUCACCUUGUAUUUGCUUUGAACCAGUUACGCAGGGUAGCUGAAACGUUUAUGUCCUCUGACUGUCUGCUGCCUCCAGGUAAGAGAGCUCUCGAGGAAGCGUAUUUGACACUAAACUGUCUGAAUUUUUAGAUUAGCGUCUUUACAUAAACAACUGCUGAUGUACAUAUACAUUGAUACAUUGCAACUUGAGUUGCAAGCUAAGCAGCUCAAGAGUAAGUUUACUUCUUGUUCUGAUGUCCCUGCAGACUAGUUACUUGUGGCAGAACAGUGUUUCAAUCUGUGCCCAGUGUGGAACUCAAGGUCUUACAAAGACCAUGGGCCUAUUUUUGCAUACUCAGACCACUGUUUCAAAUUUGAAGUGUACAAGGCAAUCUUCAUUAGUAAURUAAAUACUUUGUAUUGUCAUGGUGAAGAGAUGUUACACUGUAAUUUGCUUAUAUUUGGACUAAGUUUCCUUCACAGUGCUGCUAUGCCUCAAUCAGCUUUAGUGUCUAGUAAUAUCUGUCUGCUGUCAAAAAUACAGUCAGCAGUGUUGUAGGCAGAUUUGUGUGAAGAAUCAAAUUUCUUAUCAAUAAAGAUUUAAAUUAGUUUGGGUUUUAAUCUAAUCUUCAAAGUAUUCAAUAUCUGUUAAAGCUAUUUCUUUGUAAUACUUUUAGAAAUACAAGUAUUAGUAAUUGCAGGUAAUUCUGCUAAAGGAUUUAGAGAGGUACAAAGAAAAUAACAUGACUUACUAUUUCUCUGGCUUAGUAAAAUUUCUACACUUUAAGGAAAAGUGCAUUUUGCAUAUGUAUUGUUUAUUGCUGUGAAAAAAAAAUCCCAAUUACAUGCUUUAUUAAACAGUUGGGGGUGGGGGUAACAUGUAAGUCCAGUAUUGCAUCAGAAUGGAUUGAGGCUUCAAAUUGGCUCUGCUGAUGGACAUAUUUUCUCAGUCCUUUUCCUGAACAAGAUAAGGAUUCUACACACAGCUGUAUCCCUUUUCAAUCAUCUGAUAACAGAAUAAUUCUCAGCAGAAAAUGUGUUCAUUGGUUGUCAUGAAGUAUUGCACAAGCAUCUUACAUUUUCAAUCCGUACAUGUGUUCUGCGUGUGGACGUAGAUAAUACUGUAUUGAAUAUCUAGAUCUCAGUUUAAAUAUGUCUUGAUUAAGAGAGCUUGUAUUUUAGAAACAGGUUCUGGACUCAGACAGGUUUGGAGGACCAGACAAUGGGGCUGCCACGGAAGAGAAAGGAGGUUGYAGGAAGUCAGAGGUGAGAGGCUUCUGGGAAGAUGUUUCCUGGGUAAUUUCUCCCCUGGCUAUGUCCAUGUGCCUGUACUAUCCACUGACAAUGAAUUGCAAGUUUUCUUGCCAGUUGUUCAACAAACAUAUUUCCUAUCUCUGCAGGUCUCUUGAGUUCUGUGUGUGUGUCCACACGUGUGUAGCCUUUUAACAUCUAGUUCAUAUUGAWAUAAUUUGUUAUGUCUUAAGUAUCAUUCUAGGUAUUUUCACUAAGUUGAUGGUCUUCAUUCUUUCCCCCAUUAGUGAUAAUCUUUUUCAAAAUCCAGUUUUUACAUGACAAAACAUGACAUUGCCUUCCUUCAGUUGACAUAGUUGACUAUUCUGGAUUGAGGGAACAGAAAAUAACAUGACUGUUUCAGCUGUAAAGAGAUARAAGUGCUUUGAGAAACACUUCUUAGUUUGGUCCUUUGACCCACURGAUUCUAUAAAAGUUUAAGAAACGCAGAGCUGUUUGCCAUCACACAAUUUUAUAUUGAAUUCUGAAUAUUCAGAACACAUAUGURGAAAACUCAGAUUGAUUCCUAUAGUCUACACUAGAAAAUGAAGUGAUGCUUUCAAUUACAUAGACCAGCUGAAACAGUCUGUUGUUUGUUGUGCAAGCUUACUCAUUCAUACAUAUGCUUUUUUUCCUUUGAAAAUCAAUAUACAAUGGAGAAGAGAAACUAAAUUCACAAAAGCAGCAAAUAACCUCCAAGCUUUUCUCACAUGUGUCCUUAAAGAGUUCUCAUCCUUUAAAUAGGUAACUGCWGUACAUAACACUCCGCUUGAAGCUAUGCCUGCCUGAGGGAAGAGGAUCCCAUUCUCUGGAGAUAUGCUCGUUGUAGAGGGUACAAAUUAGAACUCAAGGUGCUGUGUCCCUGCUGCUUUAAAGUUCAAGUGUUAAUACAAUUCUGCUYAAUAUGUAUCACCAUGUCAGUCCAAUUGAUAUGCAGAUGUGGCAGGUCACGUAAUUCAAUUUUAAAGCUGUCAAAUUAAAAGGAAGACUUGAGAUCUACUUCAGACCAAAUUGAGAACAGGCUUGAAUCUUGAAGUACACCUGGAUUAUGAAAAUGAAUAAAAGUUUGACACUGGCUUUGAACCUUGACAGGCUGCUCCUGCAGCAAAUAGGGAUGCUUAGAGAUAUCUUUACAGUACAGAUCUCUSUCACCUGUAGAGAAAGAAACCUGCAAAAUUGUUUCUUGCCAGAUAAAAWUUUUUGAUGGAGUCCCAAUAGGAGAAAUAGUCUCUAAUUUCUACCUUUACCUUUGAAGCUGUAAAGGCAAAAAAUGAGUUGGUGACAGAUUCUGACAGCUGGUUAUAAAGGAGCAGGCUGUGUUAAUUUGCAGUGAGAGGAACAGGGCGUUCUAUUUCUUGUGUCAGUGUGGGCAGGGAGUGGGGAGCGGAAAAGAAAAUGGGAAGAAGGGAAUGCUGAGUGCUUUGCCUGACUGUAAUUUACAGGACAUUCUGGUUGCACACCAUUGCUUUUGAAGGAGCAAUGGUCUCCGCAUUUAAUUUAAAAUCUUUUUUAUUCAAAAAGAUCCCACACAGAUGAACCUGACAAUUUUUCUUCUUGGAAAUGGUGCUAUUUUCAAAUGGUAAAUGCAUAAACAUGAACAUUGAUUUCCUUAUUUCCUUAAUGCCAGUUAUCAACAGAUUACAGUGAAAUUUUCUUUAUGAAAAAUAUGCACCUCUCUAAAAUCUUUUGUUGGCAUGCCAACGAAGUGCAAAACCUUUUGAUAGAAGUUUACCAAAAAGCAAGAGAAGUAAUUGAAAUGGUUUAUUUUUCCCAAUAUUCAGAAAAUGAAUGAAGAUUGUUGGAGAGAAGAUGAUUCUGAAUUUGAUGGGAAAAAUACUAGGAAUGAUUUUGUGAAUAUGGUGGUGGGAWAAAAUACAGGAAAGCUGUGUUCUAGAAGACUGCUCAAGACUUGUGGAAGAUUAGUGUAACCAGAUGUCAGGUGAAUGCUCCUGUUUCUAAAGCUGUUGAAUCUUAACCGUGCUUAUUUGAAGGAUGAUAAGCCCAGCCUAUUGUUGGUCAGUC